AUGUCGGUUGGCUUUGCAUUCAUGCGAUUGGAAACGUCAGGGGUUUGGAACUUUCCGCCUCAAACUCGACCUCCUCCCAGCGACUCAUCGUUGAAAAAGUGUGGAGGAAUGGCGUUUCCCCCUCUUCAUAUCGUCGAACCGGAAAGGGCCCAUUCAGAUACCAUCAUCCUGUUGCAUGGACGUGCUAGCAAUGGCGCCGAGUUUGCCGAAGACCUGUUUGACUCGAAGACCUCUGAGGGCAAGAACCUCAAAGCCCAAUUUCCCGGCUGUCGCUGGGUAUUCCCAACAUCCCGAGAUCGGUGGAGUUCUGUGUUUAAAGAGGACUUGACCGCUUGGUUUGAUGCAUAUUCUCUGACAAAUCCUUGUGAGCAGCAAGAUCUUCAGUUGGAUGGCUUAAAAGAAUCUGUAUCAUUCAUCUUGGAUGUUCUCAGAAGAGAAAUUGAUCUUCUUGGAGGAAAAUCUGAAAAAGUUGUUCUUGGUGGCAUUAGCCAAGGCAUGGCGACAGGUCUAUGGGCCUUACUGUGCUUACCGGGACGAGCCAAGGGGAAGAUUGGGGGCUUCUUUGGAAUGUGUGGGUGGCUUCCAUUCGCGAACAAGAUACAAGAUUUGCAACCCCCAAAGGUCGAUACAGCAGGAAAGCCGGAAAUCAUGAUAACCAAGCCUCUCCCAGAUAUACUUGGAUACAAAGAACCUCCGGCUAGCCCUGCGGAGAUCGAAACUAUGCUUACUACGCCUGUCCUACUCUUGCAUGGAACCGAUGAUGCGUGGAUAGAUGUUGAAUUGGGACGGCGGGCACAUAGAAGUCUCAAGGAGUUGGGAAUGCAGGCUGAUUGGGAGGAGUAUUCUGGGGCAGACAAUGAGGGGCAUUGGGUGAGGGAACCAGAAGGUGUUGAUACGAUUGUCAAAUUUCUGGGGGGCUGCUUGGGGGGUAUUGAAGUAAACUGA